UCCAGAUAAACAACAGAAACACACAAAAGAAACAAAAUAAAAGAAAGAAGAACAAGAAGAUGGGAAACUGUUUAGUAAUGGAGAAGAAAGUGAUAAAAAUAGUGAGAAACGAUGGGAAGGUACUUGAAUACAGAGAACCCGCUACUGUUCAUCACAUCCUUACACAAUUCUCUGGUCACUCUAUCUUUGACAACAACAGUACUUGUCAUCUUCUUCCCGAUGCUAAGCUUCUCUCUGGUCGCCUCUACUAUCUUCUCCCUACAACAACGAGCAAGAAAAAGACUAAGAAAGUAACGUUUGCGGAUCCUGAGGUGGAAGAAGACGCAAGAUUACUAAGAGAAGAUGUAGCCGACACUGGUGAAAGCAACAUCAACAAUGACGGUGAUGACAAUAAGAACGUGAGUUUUACGAGAGUGAAGAUCGUUGUGACUAAGCAAGAGUUGGAGAAGCUGCUCCAAGGAGGGUCGGUCCAAGAAAUGGUGUACCAGACUCUUGAGAAACAAAUUUUGCAUACUGAUGAUGAUAAUCUUGAAUGCAAUGGAAGUUGGAGACCUAUGUUAGAUAGCAUACCUGAAAUCUGAAACAAAAUAAUAGAUCAUAGAUUUAUAUAAAAAACAGUCUUGAGUUUGUUCAAGGACAAAAUUGUUUUUGGGUUUUUUGUUGUAUAUACAAGCUUUGAAGCUAUGCUAUAAAAUUAUCAAUGACCAAUACAUAUCAAU